UUUUUUGCUUACUUCCACCACCAUCACAACGAGUGUCUAAUUAAACACAAGAAAUCGUGUUCGUUUCUUUUCGUUAUAGUCUGUUAUACAGAGAACUUUGUUGGUUUCCGUGGUGAAGAAAUCAGUUCGAAAAAUGGCAUCGGGACAGGAUAGAGCCGAACUUGACGCCAAGGCCAGGCAGGGAGAGACUGUGGUGCCUGGUGGAACUGGAGGAAAGAGCCUCGAAGCGCAGGAGCAUCUAGCCGAUGGAAGGAGCCGUGGAGGGCAGACAAGAAAGCAGCAGCUAGGCACGGAAGGAUAUCAGGAGAUGGGCCGAAAGGGUGGACUCAGCACCAUGGACCAAUCUGGCGGGGAGCGUGCAGCAGAGGAGGGGAUCGACAUCGAUGAGUCCAAGUUCACUAAGAACCGCUAGAUAGUGUCCUUGGUUGUGUUGUGUGUUUACUGUUAAUGUAUCUAGUUGCAGAAGUAGUUUAGUAGGUGUAGGAAGAUGCUAGUACUUUAGUAGCCUAAUACGUCUGUGUUGUGUCUUGUGGGUUUCGCGAGAGAGGCUAUAUGCACGUUGUUUUGGCUCUGCUGCUGUAGUCUUUCUCUACUGCGUAAUGGGUUGUUUUUACUUUUACAAGUGUCGAUCGGCUCUAAUAGACGACUAAUGUUACGUUAAA